GACAAUAAUCUCCAGGCCGUUGAAGAUUUCCUAAUUCCUGUCGAUCUAAAUUCUGCGUUUCUCUGAGUUUUGCAAUCUAAUUACGUUUCCUCGUGAAGAAAAAUCGAUGAAGAAGCUAGCGAGAACAUGGCGGAGAACUCGUCGCGGCGACGAAGAUGAUAAGUUCGUCCUUCCUACUUCAGACGACAUCGAUUCUCGGCCGAUUGAUACGCAAGAGCAAGAGGAGUACGUUCGGUCACUCGAGGAAGCUCACGCUCAGCAAAGUCGGCAAUGGAGGAGCGUGUUCGCGGUUCUUCUGUUAUGCUAUGGAGCUUUCCUCUUCUACUCCAUUUUUCAGCAGUUCAUGUCACCAUGGGAACUGCGUUAUCAUGCCUACUUCAUGGAAGAUCUCAACUCAUGGAUGGUCAUUUCAGCUGAGUGGAUCGCUAUCAUGGCUUGCUGCCUCUCAAUCGUCGGGCUACUAAAUAAGAAGAAUGAUCAUAGACGGUGGUUCUGGUACUCAUGUGUUCCUGGAUCUGCGUUGACCAUCUUUUGGCUAUAUUACUUGCUGAGGCUUCCGAAGUUCCGGUGGGAUGCUAUAUGGAUGCCAUUUGGGCCGCUUUGGUAUGUGCAUCUAUCUGCUUAGCUGGAACUUGUCUAUAUGUGGACCAUCUACUGGAGGAGUCUUCUGAAGAAGUGAAAAAACUAAGGAACUAUAUGUAUGCAUAUAAAGCAAGGUAGAGAUAUAAAGACAUCCCAAUACUCUUCAGAGUAUAUUUGUAAUAGCAAGAGUGCAAGUUUUGACUCUACCAUAACUAAAGAACCAUUCAUCUUUUGCUAAACACUCAGGUUCUAUAUUGUGUAAAUACCCAUGAUCGAGUCAAAAGUCAAAACUAGAUUCAAGGUUAUAAAGGCAAAUCAUGAGGAUAUUGCAGUUUACGCAGGUAAAAAAUGCGAUUAG